CGAUCGACGACUCCUACCUACUACUACUUUGCAUUUUUUGGCUUCUUUUUAGACAACCUACAUAGUUCGCACUUCCCCUCCUCUCCUUUUCUCAUCUUUUUUAACGGCGACCCACGAACGACGACCUCCACAAUGCAGGACUUGUACACAACCCAAUACCCAAACCAACGCACUCACCAGCAAUGGUCUCGUCCAUCAACUGACUAUCCUCAGAUUAAUACAACUGGUCCAACUUACCCACAGCAGCCAUCAGCUUCUCAUUCUAGUUCUAGCAAUGGCUCUCCGACAGAGGAUAGUCCACCUGCUUCUCUCAAAGUUCAUGAGCAGCAGCAACCUCCUCCUCCAAAGUCAGAGGCAAAGCCUCAGGCAACUUUCUUGACAAAACUCUACGCUCUUCUAGAGCGUCCAGAAAAUCAUCACAUGAUCCGUUGGGAUCCUGCAGGAGAACAUAUCAUCGUAGAGAGGCCAGAACAGUUGGCCCUCCAUGUCCUCCCAAGCAUUUACCGUCAAUCGAGAUUUGCAAGCUUCUCCCGGCAACUAAAUAUCUAUGGCUUCAUGCGCAAAGUAAACCUCCGCAACGUCGACCCCGCUAUUGAUGACCCAGACGCGAGCACAUGGUCCCACCCCACUCUCAACCGCCACUCCCCCCCUGAGGUCGUGGCUAAUUUCAAACGCCGCGUCCCACCGCGUCUUCCUAAACCAAGGAAGCGUGAUACCCAGGAGCCUCCCUCAAUACCCCCUCCCCGUUCCGCCAUCGGUAUGGGUCCAGUUCCUCUCACAGUCCCUUCCUCUGUCGGUCCAAAAGGCACUUUGCCUAAUGGUGGCCGUGCUCGUGGCUUUUCUGCACCAGGCUCCUUCACUCCUUUGAACCAAAGCAGCGCAGGUUGGAGCGCGUCUUACCCUCACGCUCGUAACCUGCCUCCUCUUACUGUCCCUUCCGAGCCCACUCAUCACAACUUGUACAACCAAUCUCACUUGCAGCCCAUUUCUCCCGCAGAGGAGUCCCCCACCGCUCAGUUCAGCGCAAUGGGUCCUGGAAGUGGUUAUCAUCACCCUCAGCAUACUAGCAACAGGGACAUGCUUGUCCCUCCUUCGCAGUAUUCCUACGCUGACCAGAACUGGCAGUACUCCCCAAACAGCACGACCUCCAACCAUUCCGGCAGUUUGUCUUCCUUGUUGAACCCACCGAGCAACAAUGGCUAUGGUCCACGCCCAACGCCGACCAUCAACACUUCAUACUCGUCCACCUAUUCGGGUGUUUCGAUGCACAGUGACAACAGUCCGCCCUCACUAUCUCCGGAUAGCCGCCCAACGACGGGAUACUCCAUUUCAUCAGUGUCAUCCCUGCCGUACGAGGAAUCACCGUCGCAUCAUAAUUACCAUCAGGCUGAUUACUCGCGUCCCGGCUCCAGUCACCACCGCCCCAUUUCGCCAUCAUUGUCACGCCCACCGUCGUCCUCGAAGCAGUAUGGUCCGUCGUCCCUGAGCAUUCGCCGUCCCCGUCGUCACAGUCAGGCUAUGAGUCCAUACCCAUCUCCUUAUGGAGAGCAUCCUUCCAACGAGAGACCAUCGACGUCGCCUCAUCCAGCUGACGAUGGAAACAUGCCACGAGUGCGCAGUAUGAUUCAGCUACCGUCUGUGGAUUCGUAUGGCUUCCCUGCUGGGCAAGCUGAAUUCGCUUACUCUGCCGUUGGCGGUGCACCCAUCGAUUCGAUGGAUACGCGAAGUGGUUGGGGCCACCACCAGGUUGGACCGCGCCCUUCUACAAGCGCGUCGUCGAUCAGCGCAGCUUCGCACACGUCGUCGUCUCAAGCGAACACGCCGCCACUCGGGGACUAUGGCGCAGGGGAAGCGGACAUUAACCGUUGUGAGUCGCGCGACUACCCCUUGCGCCCCCCGAUGUCUCACGGUCUGGCUUACUGACUGUCAGUCUCUUGAAGACUCGCCUGACUUUGGGUUUGUCGCUAUGAACGGGCACCUUCCUCCGCAAUAUACCAAA